ACCAAGUGGGGAAUUCACCUAGAAAGAUGUUUUCUCGACCAGAACUGUUUGAUUUCCAUGGAGUCGCAAUGACUCCCUGUGUCACUAACAACUGGGAAAAGGUUCGAAGCUUUCAAGCCCGACCGGACGAUAUACUUAUUGCAACAUACCCGAAAGCAGGAACUACGUGGGUCUCCUACAUUCUUGACCUGCUUUAUUUUAGGCACUUAUCUCCAGAGCGCCAGACAUCCAUCCCCAUCCAUGAAAGGGUACCAUUUCUGGAGAUAGCAGUCACUCCUGGUGCUUCAGGAACUGAGCUGGCAGACAAGCUCCCCACUUCCCCUAGACUGAUUAAGACUCAUCUGCCUGUUCAGUUGGUUCCUAAGUCCUUUUGGGAGGAAAACUGUCGGAUUGUAUAUGUUGCACGCAACGCGAAGGACAACAUGGUGUCUUUUUACCACUUUGACCGCAUGAAUCAAGUGCAGCCAGAGCCUGGGGAAUGGAGCAGCUAUUUCCAGAGGUUCCUGGAUGGACAGAUGUUGUACGGUUCCUGGUAUGACCAUGUGGGAAACUGGUGGAACAAGAAGAAGAGCUAUCCAAAACUUCAUUACAUGUUCUACGAAGAUAUAGCUGAGGACACUGAGGCAGAAUUAGACAAACUUUGCUCCUUCCUCGGUUUAUCUCCAUCAGCUGAAGAGAAACAGGCCAUUCUAGAGCUAGUCCACUUUGAUAACAUGAAAAACAAUGAAAUGACAAACUGCUCCAAACUUAAUUUCUUGGAUUUCAACAUUUCUCCGUUCUUGAGGAAAGGAAAAGUUGGUGACUGGAAAAACCACUUUACUGUGGCCCAGAAUGAACUGUUUGAAGAGGACUACAAAAACAAGAUGAACGAUCCUACGCUUCAGUUUCGGACUGAGAUCUGAGCUGGCCUUUGGUACAUCUAAGAUAAUCUCAUAAUUAGAUCAUUUAUGAAAUUCAGAGACAUGAAAUCUCAAAUGUAAAAGGACCAAUGUGAACCAUUUCAAACAUAACGUUGACUUUUUUCUAAAUAACUUAAUUUAUCUUCUUAUAAGAAGCUCCGAAAAUAAAAACAUUUUCUUCACUGCAAAAAUGAUCAAGAAAGAAGUCAACAUUUCUUAGAUUAAGUGUAUUUAACCUUAAUUUGAGCACGUAAAUAAGAU